UACGCGCUUCGACGGACAGUUUGACGUGCGGACUUCUCCAAGUUGGGUGUGCGUGAUCCUCUGCAACUUUAUCCAAUUCUUCUGAAACGCGAAAAGCUUCAAACGGUUAAUCAUGGGAAACCGGUUUAGCAGAACGCGAGAAGCCAACAGUGCUGAGGCUGCUGCUCCUGAGCAGAAGACUGCAGCAGAGCCAGCAGCAGACAGCGGGAUAACACAGGUUCAGGAGGCCAUUAAGACGGAGGUUCUGGAGGUGGUGAAGGAGGAGCCAGUGGCACCGGUGGCAUGUGCCACUCAAGAAUGUUUGAUUGACACUAAAAUAGUAGAUAUUCCUUUUGCAACCCCACAUCCAGCCGUACCUGAGCCUUUGGUCUCUGUCAGCGAACCAGAACCUGUUGCCGAUCCAAAACCUGUUGUUGAAGUUCAGCUUGCUCCAGAACCAGCUACAGAGCCUGUUCCCGAACCAGAGGCACUCCCUGAACCUGUGCCAGUUCCUGAACCAGAGGCACUCCCUGAACCUAUGCCAGUUCCUGAACCAGAGGCACUCCCUGAACCUAUGCCAGUUCCCGAACCAGAGGCACUUCCUGAACCCGAGCCAGUUGCCGAACCAGAAGCAUUCCCUGAACCCAUCCCAGAGUCAGUACCAGCCCCAGCUGAGGUUCUGGAGCAGAAGAUAGACCUGUUUAGCCAAGAGUCUCUCCCUGAGCCAGUGUUUUCUUCACUUCCAUUGAUUGACCUGGGUGUCCCUGAUGUAACUCCUGAGCCUAUUGACAUUCCUCCCAUCACCGCCACCAUCGAUGCAGAUGAGGCUUCAGACAUCCUGGUGACCGAGGUAUGCCAAAACGGUGUUGUGGAACAGCUGAUGGAGGUGGAGGCUGCAGAUAAUUUGGAGCAGCUUGCGAGUGAUUUCAACGAAGAAAGUGUUUCUGGACUGCUGAAGAACUUAGAGCUGAAAGGAAAUGACCUUGUCGCUGACUUCAUUCCCAACAAUGUCAACCUCCCUGGUGACAUGACCACCUCCACUGAGCUGAUGUGAAAGCAUAAAACAAAAAAUUCGUUAAACAAGUGAAUGGAUACUUUUCUGUGAAACCAUCUUAACCCCUUACAUGAAUUCUGAAAGAAUCACAGAUGCAAUGUUUUUUCUAACCGAAGUGGCUAAAUUAAGGCAAACAGCUAUUUCUCUUUCUUUAUGAACCAUAUGUGCCAAAACACAAAACGGUAUAUUGGUGGGGCUUUAACAGCACGGGUUUUUGUGUGUAUUGAGUGUAUUUACGUAUAUUGCCGGACAACAGAGAUGUUUCUCUAUGCAAAUUCACCAAGCAAGAUACAAUGAUUUUCUAUUAAUGUCCAGUAUGUACAAUUUAAGGGGAACUAUUAGCAUAAAUACAAUACAACAUUCCUAACUAUGUUUUCAUUAGUAUAUAAUCACAUCUAAUUAAGAAUGAUUGUGUUUUUGUUUGCUUAAGAUCAGCCCUUCCUAUCUAGGGAGCAGGUCCUCUUCGCAGAGUCCGGCAUAUUUCUACAGUCGCUCAGAAAGGACAAAACAAAUCUGACUCUAGAGAGGGCCUUCCAUGAUUUCAUUACCUGAAGGCAGGUGUAGUUCUCCAACACCUGAAAAAGGGAAGAGGGUGUGAAGGGGUAUUGAGUUGUUUGCAGUCCCUCGCCACUAGAUGCCACUAAAUCUCACAAACUGGACAUUUUUGAGAGAAAAACAAGCCAUUGCUAUAUAUCACACUACAGGAAGAGUACAAAGGGAAAGGGAAAAAGCUUGAGAUGGAUUUGUGGGUCUGCAGCACGCCUUGGGUGAAUGCAAAACGACAGGCAAGGGACACUAGCAAUGCAACCAAAGAUGGACACAGUAUAUGAAUACCGCUAUACAGCAGGAAACAAAUGUCAAAUAAACUUUUUUGCGUUUAAGUAGUCAUGUUUGGACUUUGUAAUUUUCUACUCCUUAUUGUAUUUUCUGCAAUACAAUGAUGGAAUACUUUAACCCAAGUAGUGUCUUGAUUGUACAAAUAAAUAAAAAUAUUAUUCAACAUA